AUGGCGGCAUUCAACGCGGCGGCGUUCCAGAUGGCCUUGUUUAACAUGGCUGCUUUGAACAAUUUAGCUGCGUUGAACAUGGAGACGAUGAGGUUGGCGUGGCUGAAUGCGGCAACGUAUAACAUGCCGGCGCAGAGCGUGAAUCAUGCUUACAUGGUUGCUGCACAGAUAUUCAAGGCCGAUGUUGAUCUAGAUGGUCAUCUCGCCGAGUCGCAUCACUACUGCGUCGAAUGCAGGCGCUUUUUCGCCUGUGAAGGUAAUCUGCAGACGCACUUGAGGUCGUCUAAACACAAGGAGAGAACGGUGCCUUGCCCGGGGAUGAAGUGCCAAAAGCUCUUCCUCUCCGGUGCGGGGCUCCUCAACCACCUCGAAUCCGGCGGCUGCCGCUCAGGGGCGAACCGUCACCACGUGAACGCGCUCGCCGUGCGGUACGACAAGGCGAACGUCAUCACGAACGCUUCGCGCUUGCUACCCGGGCUCGAUGGGUAUGUGCCACCAAAACCACCGGUGAUCGCCAUUGCAACGGCGAGCUCAUUCAAUGGCUCGCAAUACGAGUGCUUUCUGUGCCACCGGAGCUUCAAGACCCUCGGCCGCCUCAACGAGCAUAUGCAGAGCCCGGCGCACGACGCGGAGAUAUAUAGGUGCCCGACGAAGUGGGAGGGGUGCGGCGCCGAGUUCCGCACGCUGAGUGGGCUCUGCCAGCAUGUGGAGAGCGAGGCGUGCGAAAUUCGUCGUUUCAACCAGCCCAUGCAAGACGUCAUCGGCGACGUGACGCAGGCGUUGGGUAAGAGGCUCGCUCUUUGA